GCGUGACGUACAUAGCAUGCACCGGAAGUGCGCUGUGGCGAAAGGGAGCAAGUCGGAGAACCUGCGAUCACCACCUCUGGUUUCUUCGAGAGGAACGCAGCGGCGGGUCGGUCAACGGAGCUUUAGCCAGCGGCUGCUGUCAUGACGACCCAGGGCGGCCUGGUGGCCAACCGAGGCCGGCGGUUCAAGUGGGCCAUUGAGCUGAGCGGGCCGGGAGGAGGCAGCAGGGGCCGAAGUGACCGGGGCAGUGGACAGGGAGACUCACUCUAUCCAGUCGGUUACUUGGACAAGCAAGUGCCUGAUACCAGCGUGCAAGAGACAGACCGGAUCCUGGUGGAGAAGCGCUGCUGGGACAUCGCCCUGGGUCUCAAACAGAUUCCUAUGAACCUCUUCAUCAUGUACAUGGCAGGCAAUACCAUCUCCAUCUUCCCUACUAUGAUGGUGUGUAUGAUGGCCUGGCGACCCAUUCAAGCACUUAUGGCGAUUUCAGCCACUUUCAAGAUGCUAGAGAGUUCAAGUCAGAAGUUUCUUCAAGGUUUGGUCUAUCUCAUUGGGAACCUGAUGGGUUUGGCAUUGGCUGUUUACAAGUGCCAAUCCAUGGGACUGUUGCCUACACAUGCAUCAGAUUGGCUAGCCUUUAUUGAGCCCCAGAGGGGGAAUGAGGAUUGGAGGGAUCCUUGGGGCCACAAGAAUAGGAGGCAACAGAAGAUGAAGAGCGGUGACUUUUCCUCUGCAUGA